UGUGUCCCCGUCACUCGCGCGCAAUGCCCCCUCGCCUAAUCCUUCUUGCCCUAGGACUUGUCCACUUCCUUCGCAUGUGCGCGCCUUCCUUGCCUCGCCUAGUCCCGCGUGGACUAGGCUUCUUGCGCCCGCUCCCCACACGUCGUCUUCUGCGCACGCCUGCGCUUCGCCUCCAUUCCCCCGCGCGUGCGCGCCGUCGCCCGCUACACCUAUGCCCAUGUGGGUUAGGCCAUCGCCCGUGCUGCUGCUCCACUCGCAUGCCAAUGUGCGCUCGCCGCUACUGCUGCCCAACUCCUGCACGUUCUCGCCACUUCCGCGAGUGUCGUGCACGCCAGCCAUCUUUCCAUCGUCAUCGUGCCCCGCGAUCUCCCAGUGCGUCCCACCUACGCCGGCGCUCCAAUCCUCUACCGCGCACCCACGUACGCCCGACGCCAUCCACGUGCUGCUAACCUCUGUUGUUGACUCAUACCGCGUAGUUUGCGCUCAGCUUCAGCUCACUGGUGAUGCAAGGCUCUGGUGGAACGCCUACUGGAGCAUGCGUCCCGGUGAAAAGGCGGGUUGUACAUGGGACAUGUUCAAGGAGUUAGUCCGCGACAAGUACUACCCUUCCUACUAUCGGGCAGAGAUGGAGCGCCAGUUCUUAGCGCUUCAGCAGGGCACUCGUACUGUUGAUGAGUACGAGCGAGAGUUCACCAGACUUGCAGGUUUCGCACCGGAUCUU